AGAGAUUCCCGUGCACCAAAACUCGAUACCUUCCCAAAGCCGCCGUAUGGGAAUAUCUCUCUCUAACUCUUUCAACAAUGGAUCCUUUGAGAGUUAGUACCUCGGCGUUGACUGAUAUUAUCGCGGCCACCAGUACGUCGGUGAAGGCCCUCCAUGAGACAGUGAAACGCUACAAGGGUCGCGACAAAACGUUAGGUAGACUACAAGGUGGUCUCCUGGAUCUUAUUGCGAUUUUGAACUCGCUGGAAGCGGCCGCUAGUGGUGAAACCCCGGAUUUGACGCUUUUGAAGGGCCCUGUUGGUCGAUGCGCCCAGGUGUGUCGCGAGUUCGAAGGCGCUAUGAAAAUAUUUAGCGGAAAGUCGAAAACGGGCUUAAAAGACUGGACAAAGAUGGAGUUCAUGAGAGGUGACAUCAGCGAAUUCAUUGAUACUCUAACGGACUACAAGUCGACAAUCACUAUUGGCCUGGGUUAUAUCACUAUGCAUGCUUCUAGACUUACUCAACAGGUUAUCGAAGAGUAUAAUGAGAUGAUCAAAGACACGGCUUACAAUCUCGAGAUGCGCCUUCAACGCAUCGAUGAGAAAAUAACAAGCGUUGCUGCGGAUCGUCCAACUCUCUUAGAGGAUUCAAGCAUAGAUCUGCAGGACGAGAAAGCAGUGACAGUACAGUGUCUCCGCAUCUGUGAACGUGCGAGCUCUUAUAUCAAGUUAUUACAAGAUGAGCAACCGGCGUUGCAAAGAGAAUCACCUCCGCUGGGUGGUGGAUAUGUGUUGAACCAGUUUGAAGCGCAGCUUUUGACACAAAAAUCGCUGAACGAGAACCGAGACAAUCUGCUAGAGACGAUCGGUCGCCUUCGGGAACGCCUUGACUCUAUAGCCUUCAAUAGGGGCCCUGACGGCGACAGCGAGACGUUGCGGUUGCAGGAAGAGGUCAACUUCUCGAAGCAGUGUUUGGAAGUGUGCAAACAGGCCUCCAGCCAAGUGUCUACCCAAAAGAUACACAUCAUUGGAGAGGUCAUUGCCGACGAAGACUGCGAUCAAGUAGUGGUAACAACUCUUGCGGAUCUCUUCAACGUCGGAAAGGUGAAGGCCAUGAGCGGGUCGGCGCAACUGGUCGGUUCAAUGACGGCCGAUGUGCUUCGGGAUAUGUCCAAGGAUCGCUACAACAGCCGGUUCGGUGCUGUAUAUGACAGCCUUGAGAAAGCACAAUUGGGCACCGCUACCGCGUCGCCAUCCACUUUCGAAACUCGAAAGGCCGACAGAUCUCUUAUGAAGUCAAAUCAGGCUAAGGAAGAUGGAAAAUUGGCAGGUCCAGAAAUAACAUACGACAAACCAUCCUCUAAUGAGGUGAGAAGACGGAGGGCUGAGGGUGAAGAUGGGACAAAGAAGUCUAGCCAUGAAUAGAGAAACUUUAACGCCAUUUCGACAGGAGCACUGAAUUUUAAGCAUUAGAUAGCUAUAAUUACUAAGAAGUAUCCAUUUGAUUUUACUACUCUCUCACUACAUAUGCGGGAAUAGUCUGCUUCCCCAUCUGAUAAUGUAAUUAAAAAAUGAUUCAUUUCUUCUAAUAUAAAGCUCCGGCACUUAUUGAGAAAGAGAC